CGUAUUGACACUUCGAUGUAGCCGCUGAUGAUGGUCCCUAUGCCGCCGUCGCGUACUCCGUCGACGCCCUCCGUAUCCAUGAGACUCAGUGUGUCGACUCCAAGAGGGACUACGCCGUCCAUCCACUCGACCCUCGAAACCCUUCUGCCAGAACCAGAGCCUCCCAUCAUGCCCCGCAAUGCAACAGUGGAUGACAUCGACCAGCUUAUGAAGCUCCUUCAGGACGCUGAGAAUGCCAGAGGAUCAGACAGUGCGGAUAGCCGUGCUCAAAUUCAAGAGCUCCGUGACCUGUUGCACAAUCUCAUCGAUGAGCUGCGGCAGCGCGAAGCGCCUCCUCCACCUGUGCCGGUGAAAGAUGUCUCUGUUGGACGUAGCAGUGUUGUGAGCAGUAGUGAAUUAGGAUCACUGCCGCCGCUACUGCCGCCUGUAACCGUUGUCGCUCCCCAGCCGCGUCCUGCGUAUCCGCCCCCGUUGGUUGAGAUGAAAGAAAUCGGGAUAUCGCCCGCCCCGCCUGAGCCGAAGCCAAUCUAUCUCAGUCCUCCUCGUCGCCGUGGAGCGUCACCCGAGACCCUCAGCGAUUCUGCAUCGUUCUUGUCUUCGCAUCAUUCGGAUGACUGGAGUCUCAUGGAGUCGGAGUCCUAUCCUGCCUUGCCGCGCUCGCUAUCGUGGUCGAGUUCCGAACCAUCGUCGCCGGAGUCAUCACCAAGCGAGUCAGACGUGUCUGUUCGCCCAAGAAGUGCCUUGAGUGUCGAUCGUGGAGCGACUCCGAGCCCUAUACCAAGCCCCACGUCAAUGCCGAUGCCCAUACGGAUGCCCGUACCAACAGUGCCCGUACCGAUGCCUGUGCCACAACCUGCAUCGCCUACUGGAUCUACGGUGUCGAGCGCCACCGCGCGGCCGUUUGGUCUAUCUGAUAUCAGGGAACUGUUGGACGCACUGAGACGUGAAGUCGACAACUUGGCAAAUGGACAGAACGCAGCGAACAGGAAGCUGGAUGAAGUCAGGCAACACCCCGCACCCAGUGCGCCCGACUAUAGCGACCGUCUGGGCAGGAUUGAAAUGCUUCUCCAUGAUCUGUUGACUCGACCUGCGGCACCCGCUGUAGAACGAGUGGCGCCUCCACCACCUGAGCCUGCACCCCCAAGAGAGGAGUCUGAAUAUGAGAGCAGCGAUGGAUCGUCGAUCUUCCGCCAGUUCCGCGACUUCCUUGACAGAAGCCGAGCAGACAUCCCUCCAGUGCACAUGCCGACUCCCCGUCACGCAGGCCCAACCCUAGACGAACGCCUGGCUGAGCUCGCUGCAAGUGAACCACCACCGGCAGCCGCUCCUGUGCAGCCUCCUCCUCCUCUGGUGCCACUGAUAUACCGUCCAGGUCCUCGUCUCGGUAGGCCCCGCAGUACCAGUCCGACAUUUGAUGUGGAAUUGCCGGCUCGUCCUGGGACUGUGCCCAUCCCUGAGCCUGUCUUCGUUGAGAGAUCGCGAAGGACUCCUCGUGUACGACCCAUGCCCCGGCCCCGACCUGCUCCUGCGUCCGUACCUCUUACGUCUGUACCACCGUCGGUAUCUGAACCACCGGACCAAGGGCCAAGGGACUUUCGUAUCCCUCCGGACGACAGGGCUCGAACUCCGGCGACGAUGUUCGGCGCAGAAAGCACCGGACCGGACAUCGAUAUGCUUCGGGAAGUGCAGCGGCGACGUGGAGGCGAUGGGACUGCUAGAUACGGUCGCCCACCUUCGGCUCCUCCGGAUCUUGGCCAGGAACCUCCCCGUCGACCGGGGCAGGCCUGGUAUCAGACAGGUCAAGCAGUGCCACCGGGGGGACCUCUUCCUCCCGGUGUCCCACCGCCUGGAGACUUCGUUCCAGGAGGACCUCUUCCGCCUGGUGUUCCACCGCCUGGAGAUUUCACUGUUCCUCCGGGCGCUGUCCCAACUGGUGCGCAGCCAGGGGUCCAACCUGCAUUUGUGCUACCGCCUGGUGGUAUUGAAGGCAUAGUGGAGCUUCUUCGUGACCAACGGGUCGCUCAGACUGCGUCGAUCGACCAGCAACGCGAGAUUAUGAGGUACCUGCGAGCACUGAAUGAUUGGCUAGGUCGAGAUGUUCAAGACCGACAAUCGGAGAUUCGCGCUGUAGCUGCUCGCGUAGACCAACUACGAGACCUAUUAUUGCAAGUGCUAAACACUCAAGGACAAGGUAGGCGUUCAUU